CAACCCCGUCCUUCUUAUCUACAAUUGGCAAAACAUCUACAAUUAGCAUAACAUAUCUUGAACCUUCUAGCUCACAUCUUCUCAAAAUGGCUGCAGAAGAAGAAGAAGAAGAAGAAGAAGUGCUUCUCAGCCUCUUUGAUUCAUACUGGUUUGAACAUGGAAUUUUGAGCAAGAAAUCCCCUUCAAAACCCCAAGAAGCAACAAACCCAAGUCUCCAAGUGGACCAAUCAGCCCAAGAAGCAACCCAACAACAAGUACCAAAUUUCCCCAGACUUUCAUGCUUGCCAAGGUCUCUAAGUGAUGACCAAUCUUCAAACACCAAAGGGAGCCUCAUCUCUUCUGAUUCUCUCUCCCCACACUCAAUCCUCAUGAGCACCACACCAAAAUUCCACACAGUUUUCUCUGGUAAACAAGUCAUAGAGUUCUCCAAAGAAAGUGUGAAACAAGAACAAGUGCCAGCAGCUCAGACAAAAAGGGUCCAUGGUCAUGGUAAAAGAAACAGAAGUAGAAGAAGAGUAGGGCCCAACAAGAGCUUGUCUGACCUGGAGUUUGAUGAGCUCAAGGGUUUUAUGGAUUUGGGAUUUGUGUUCACUGAGGAAGACAAGGAUUCAAAAUUGGUUUCCAUAAUUCCUGGUUUGCAAAGGCUUGGAAGUAUUGGGGAACAAGAUAGAGAUGAAGAGGAUCAGAGAAAUAAUAAUAAUAAUAAUAAUAUUGAUCCAAGUACUCAUCAUGUGGUUUCAAGGCCCUAUCUGUCUGAGGCUUGGAAUGCUUUGGAUCAAAGAAAGAAAGAGAACAAAUUGGUGAAUUGGAGAAUACCAGCUAAUUUAGGUAAAGACAUGAAGCAUAAUCUCAGGUUUUGGGCUCAUACUGUUGCAUCAACUGUAAGAUAACAACACUAGUCUUUUCUUUUGCCCUUUUCUACUUAGAUUCCUUGGAAUAAAUCUUCUUCAUUAGCUAGUUUGUAUUUUGUUACUGUCACACCGAAAAAUUACUCACUAUCGGAUAUAUUUUUGUGGUUAGCAUUACAAA